ACAGAUGACAGCACUGUUUCCUGUCCCCUGUGUGUGUGUGUGUAUGUGUGUGUGUGUGUGCUGGUGUGUGUAAGAGAACGUUAAUGCCAGUGUAGCUGUGUGAGGCUCAGCAGAAGGAAUUGCCUUUUUGCAUUAACAUUAUGUAAGGGAGGGGUCAACGCACCUUAUAGGCCCGUUAUAGCUUGCACAGGAACAGAGCUGGUGAGGAGCUGAGCGACAAGAGAGCGACAAACAACGGAUGAUCAAACACUGAAUACUCAAACCCAGGUUUUCGCUCCAGCUAUUUGUAUCGAGUCCUGUUGGUGUCUGAUGUAUUCAUGAAAUCAACUCCAUUAAUAAAAGGUUAUUAUUUGUAAGUUCUUGAUUUGGGAGACAGAAUGAGCUUCUUAUUGGGGUUGUUACUUGUGCUGGUCCCAUGUUACUCAGCUGCAGAAACACCACAAGAAGUGGUUCUUGCACAAAUAGGAAACUCUGUUACUAUUCCCAGGAAGAUAUGGAGGGCAAACCAAAACAGUCUUUAUGUCAACUGGGAAUUCAAUGGUAGUAUAGUGAUUAGUAAGAACCCGACAUCACCCAAUCCAAAAGCAGGAUCAGAAUGGAGGGAGCGAGUUUCUCUUUCAUCAGACUUCUCUCUUAUCAUUUCAAAUGUUAUUGAGUCUGACUUUGGAAUCUUCAAAUGCAUACAGCAUGAACUCAUGGAGUCUCAGCAAGCCACAUACAAACUUUAUCAGGUAAAGAUGUCCACAUUGCCACCACUGCUGCCUCAUAAAAGUCUCUCUCUGUCCUGUGAAAUUCAACGUGAAGUAUUUGCUCAUGUUCGAUCUGUCACAUGCAGAGGGCCUGAUAAUGAACUUUAUCUAGUAACAAAAAAUAUACCAAAGAAUAAAUACAGUCUUAGUGUGAGCCAGGUUUCCAGCAUUCACAGUGGAAAGUGGACUUGUGAAGUGAAUUAUGGUGCUCGUGUUACAUUACAUGCCAAGACUGAUGUCGUAAUUGUAGAUCUCUGUCCCUCUCCACUGACUCCCAUCUACACAUAUGAGUCCUCCUCUAAUGUCCUCAUCCCUUGUUCCUUGCCUUCAAAAAUUUCCUGGUCCACAGUGAAGGCCACAGGUGUGACAGGAGGUAGCUGGAGCUUCACUCCACUUUCCCAUUCUGAAUCCACAACCCUUCUGAAAUUCGAUUCCAAUCUCACCUCUGUCCUGAAUGCCUACAAUGGCACACACAGCUUGGAGAAUAAACUCAAUUUGAAGCUUUCCAAGGUGUCUAUAAAGAACAGGGGGAACUAUACCUGCAGUCUGGAGUUUAGUUCAGGCACACUGACGAGGACCGUACAGGUUGACGUGCUGCAAGUUAUUUCUUCAGCAAGUAAGGUUAUAUAUGAGGGUAACAAAGUGAACUUGACCUGCACUCUGGGUCAUCCAAUGCCCCCUGACCUGGAAGUGAACUGGAGACCCCCUUUUGGAUCAUCUCUGCAAAAGCUCAACUCUCUUCGUUCCACAUUGCUGUCAAUCCCUCGAGUAAGCCUGAAGGACAAAGGGAGAUGGACAUGUGAACUCAAAAAGAAUGCAACGUUGCUUACAUCAGCUACAGUCAGUUUGAAAACUGAGAAAGCUCCAGUGGAUAUUUGGCUUGUUGUAGCUGUAACUAGUGGUGUUCUGGCCUUUAUCUUGCUCCCUGUAAUAACUGUCAUCAUCAUUCGUAAGCGCAACCAGGUGAUGAAGUAUAGACGUAAGAAGAGAUUCUGCCACUGUAAGAAUCCCCGGCCAAAAGGUUUCUACAAGACCUGAAUGAAGCCUCUUCCUGUACAAAGUAACCUGGACUGAAGAACUGGAUUCCCACAUCAUAAACGAAGCUUGCUGAGCUGAAGUUAUCAAAAUCAAGACGGCAGAAACAAUUCAAAUGUCAAAUCUUUCUAAAUAUCAUCUACUUGAAAAGACUGUAUCAGAAACAAGUAGAGAAAUGUGAUGUAAAUACACUUCCUUUACAACUGUAAAUAGAUAAAAGCUCAGUGUAAUAUGUGCUUAGUACAAUAUAAUACUGAAACUGUACUAAAAUAUAAUAUGAAACAUUUCACUGAAUAUUAUAAUAUCAUAUAAUUAUAUAUUUUUAGAUUUCAGACCAGAAUUCAUUCAGCUAGGCUAAUGUACUUAUACAUGCAGCUUGUGCAGUUGAGCUAAACUGAUUAUUUAACUACUGAUAGCAGACUCUGUGAGUAUAUGUGAGAAAGUGUGAUUAAUAAAAUUUUCUGUAAAUAAAUAUUUUAAAAAAUGUAAAGUGCAUGCAUUUAUCAUCAAAUAAAAAUAUGCAAAAAAACCUGAUAAUUUUCAAUAAAUUUGGUGAAUUAAA